AUGUCGAACCUUCCUCCUGCACCAAGGCAAUGGCUCCGGUCUCCCAAGGCCGGAGAAGAUGCACAGUUCCUUGUCUCGAUGGAUAAAUCCCUUAUUUCACUUACCAAGAUCAACGAGGAAUUUGAGAAGGACUAUAUAUACUGGGCCAAAUCUCUGCCUGAGGCCGAGCUGAAAACGGCCGUUGACUCAUCCCUGUGUUUUGGUCUAUACAAGUGUAUCCAGGACCAGGUACCAACGGACGGUAGAAAUCAACCAACAACGUGGUCAUCCUCACAAGUGGAACAGAUUGGAUUCGCCCGCUUGAUUACAGAUAAUGUGACAUUUUUCUAUCUUGCGGAUGUAUUCGUUAUGCCAGAAUAUCAAGGUGCAGGUCUCGGGACGUUUAUGGUUCGAUGCAUCAAAGAAGUUGUGGAUGGGAUGCAGCACCUACGGCGACUACUCAUCAUGACCGGGGACAAAAAUACAAUUGGGUAUUAUGAGAAGCUGAUGGAUGUCAAAGUGUUGGGGGAGAUUGGAAAUGCAUACAUUUUGGGUCGUAAGGGGCCAGGGAGCUGUGUAUAA